GAUUGUUCUUUUAAAAAAUCUACUGAAAAGCGUGUAAUCUGGAGACGGUAUUGGCGAAUAAGAAACGUGGACGAUGGCACAGCGCUCACAGCUGAGCGCCAAACUGCUGUUGCAGAGAUUUUAAUCCCAGCCAGGGACUUUGUUUUUGAUGUAAAUGUAUCCCUCCAGAUGUUGAACUUUGAUAGAUUGGCUGUGGCCGUUUUGUUUCCGCGUUUAAUGUGCGUGUGAGAGAGAGAGGAGCCGGAAAGAGGGCGCAUCUACAGCCGACGAACCCCGCAGCGCACCUUUAACGUAGCAGACAAAAAAAAAAACUGAGCCUACAGCGCGUUGGAACUGUACAGCUGAGGGAUACCCCACCGAAACCCGCUUGAGAGGGCAAAGAGUGAAGUAAAGGAAGGAGUAAGACCACCUUAAUGCUUCUUCGUACUCUCUGUACCUUUUCUGUCCCGGGAGACUGAAUUUAAUAUCGGAUCCCUCUGCGCGCAGACACAGGUCCUGACCAGGCUCACACCUGCUGAGCUCCAGUGGGCUGCCAUCUGGGAGUUGCAGGGCGACGUGGCCAGAUCUUGAGGACCUGCAUUGAGGGAGCUGGCAGUGUGUGAGGAGUAUCAGGCAACGGGAGAGACACAGCUCAGCCUUGGGGAAAACCCCUCGAAUCCGGGAGCGUUCCUUGACAACCUCGUCUCUUCCACCCCCCCCCUCCCUGUUCCGAGACUCUCCACGAGGAUGUUGCCGAGGAGCGCUUAGUGGCCGGCAGGAAUGAACCGUGCCCGUCUGCUGGCCUGAGCACUGCAGUCCCACGCCUGCCUGGGAUCGGAGGAGACAGAGAGAGAGAGAGGACUGGGGUGGUGCUCAAGAUGUGAAACGAAAAACUCCCCACAAAUCGAACCGGAUUGCACUCAAGCCGCGAGGAAACUUCUGCGCCAAAAGAGACGAAACGGUUCACCAGGAGUAUCGGAAAGCGACGGACCUGGGAGAAGCGGAAAGGGCCUCCUCUGUUCCUCCUGCUCUGCUAUGCUGUCUGGAGCGUGAGUGGGACCCAGGAGCGCCAUGCCUGCCAAGGGGAAGUACCUGCUGAACGAGCAGGAGCUGAAGCAGGUGGCGCUGUACCGCCAGUACUGCUGCAUCAGCCAGUACCAGCUGCUGGUGCUGAUGCUGGGCAUCGCCAUCGUGUGCUGCGCCGCGCUGCUCGUCCUCUUCUUCGCCUACGGGCUGAGUGCCCGGGACCACUGCGCCUUCGUGAGCGUGGUGGGCUGCGUGCUGGCCGUGCUGGGGGGCGUGUUCGGCCUGGUCUGCAGGGAGGCGCUGUUCCAGCGGUGGAUGCGUGCCCUCGGCGUGGUGGUGUGGGCCUGCCUGCUCACCAUGGGCUUCGUCUUCAUCUUCUGCGGGAGCGUCAUCCGCGCCUGGGAUCAGGUGCCCUUCUUCCUCUUCAUCAUCUUCACAAUUUACACGAUGCUGCCCUUCCAGAUGAGAGACGCUGUGAUCUUGAGUGUCCUGUCCUCCCUGUCCCACAUCAUAGUCCUCAGUGUGGCUCUCACCACUUUCAGGCCCGCCCCUUCGGAGUCUCUAGCCAAUCAGCUGCUGUCCAAUGUCGUGAUCUUCCUGUGUGGGAAUGCGGUGGGCGCGUUCCACAAGGUCCUGAUGGAGAGUGCCCUGCGGCAGACCUUCCAGGACACGCUGAGCUGCCUGGAGAUCCGCAUGAAGCUGGAGAUCGAGAAGAGACAGCAGGAGAACCUGCUGCAGUCGGUGCUGCCCGUCUACAUCUCCAUGGAGAUGAAGCUGGCCAUCAUCGAGAGGCUGAAAGAGUGCGAGGACAGGGACGCCCAGCAGCGUGUGGUCAAGGACAACAACUUCCACAGCCUCUAUGUCAAGAGGCACGAGAAUGUCAGCAUCCUCUACGCCGACAUCGUGGGCUUCACCCGGCUGGCCAGUGACUGCUCACCCAAGGAGCUGGUGAUCAUGCUCAACGAGCUGUUUGGGAAGUUUGACCAGAUUGCCAAGGAAAAUGAGUGCAUGAGAAUAAAGAUUUUAGGAGACUGUUACUACUGUGUGUCUGGGCUGCCAGUGUCUCUGCCCAAACAUGCCAAGAACUGUGUGAAGAUGGGCCUGGACAUGUGUGAGGCUAUCAAGCAGGUGCGGGAGGCGACGGGCGUGGACAUCAACAUGCGGGUCGGCGUGCACUCGGGCAACGUGCUGUGCGGCGUCAUCGGCCUCCGCAAGUGGCAGUUCGACGUGUGGUCACAUGACGUCACCCUAGCCAAUCACAUGGAGUCUGGAGGCCUGCCCGGGCGCGUCCACAUCACAGACGCCACCCUGAAACACCUUAACAAGGCCUACGAGGUGGAGGAGGGCAACGGGCACCUGCGCGACCCCUACCUCAAAGAGCUGAACAUCCGGACCUACCUGGUCAUCGACCCCCGGUCGAAGGACCAGUCCUCCAACAGCCGGCACUUACCCAAGCCUAAAGUGAACGACGGGCUGAAGAUGAGAGCGUCCGUCAGGAUGACCCGCUACCUGGAGUCCUGGGGGGCCGCCAAGCCCUUUGCCCACCUGCAGAGCCGGGAGGGGUUUACCAGCGACGCGCUCGCCAAUGGCAAACUGCGCAAGGACAUGCCCUUGCGAUCAAUCUCUGGCCCAAAGACCACAGACAGCCUGGACGAAUCUCUCGAGGAGCUGUUCUACCUCCCUGCCUCUCCCUUCACCAGCUAUAAGAACAAGUCACAGAAGAGCAAGUUCGACGAGGAGCUUCACAACAAAAUGAUCAUGACCAUUGACGGACUCAGCUCUAGCAAGCAGUGGAUUAAAUCAGAGGAGAUCUUCAGCCUCACCCUGUGGUUCACUAAGAAAGAGCUGGAAAAGCAGUAUCGUGCCAUCGAUCUUUCUGGCUUCAAGUACUACAUUGCCUGCGCCACGUUCAUAUUCUUCUGCAUCUUCGUGGUCCAGAUGUUUGUGGCAAAACAGUCUACGAUGCUGGGCGUAUCGUUUGGGGUGUCGGCCUGUGUCCUCCUGCUUACCUUCAGCAUCUGUUUUGCUGGAAACCUGUUGCGGUGUUUCCCAGAGAGACUGGCUUCCUGUCAGUGGCUGGGGACAAUGUCUGAGGCUGUGGUAAAGAAGACGUUUGUGCGCCUCCCACUGGCCAUCGUCUCCACUGCGGUCAUCCUGAUCAUCGCCGUGUUCAACCUGUGCAUCUUUACUCAGCCAGACCGGUGCAACCCCGAUUACAUCCCCUCUAACGCCUCAGACAGCAGCAACGUGGACUUUGGGCUGUUCUACCUGCCAUACUCUGUGUACUGCUGUAUUCUGGGCCUGGUGGCCUGUGGGGUCUUCCUACGCAUCAGCUUCGAAGUCAAACUCACCUUCCUCACACUGGCCUCCAUGGUUUACUACAUCAUCAUCCUGUACUCAAAGAAGGAGCUCUUCGAUUGCUACAGCAAAGUGCUGUACAACAUUAGUAACGGAUCUGUUCUCCAGGAGUCGGGCAUCAUGAAGGACCCUCAGGUGAUGAGCUGUGUCUACAUCACGCUCUUCCUGAUCACCAUGCUGACUCUGACCAGGCAGAUGGAGUACUACUGCCGCCAGGACUUCCUGCUCAAGAAUAAGAACCGGCAGGAGCAGGACGAGAUCGAGACCAUGGAGAACCUCAAUCGUCUGCUGCUGGAGAACGUGCUGCCUGCGCACGUCGCCGCGCUGUUCGUGGGGGAGAAUAAAAAGAACGAGGUGGGAUUCCUCAAAAACAGUUUCCUUACUGAAAAGUAUAAGGAUUUGUACUACAAAUCGUACGACUGCGUGUGUGUGAUGUUCGCGUCCGUGCCGGACUUCAAGGAGUUCUACACCGAGUGCGACAUCAACAAGGAGGGGCUGGAGUGCCUGAGGCUGCUGAAUGAAAUCAUCGCGGACUUCGAUGAGCUCCUGUCCAAACCCAAGUUCAGUGGGGUGGAGAAGAUCAAGACCAUCGGCAGCACCUACAUGGCGGCCGCAGGCCUCAGCGUGACCCCCGGGCAGGAGAACAACCAGGACCGAGAGAGACAGCACACGCAGAUCGGAAACAUGGUGGAGUUCGCCAUUGCACUCAUGGGCAAGCUGGAAGGCAUCAACAGGCACUCCUUCAACAGCUUCAGGCUGCGAGUGGGGAUAAACUAUGGCCCAGUGAUUGCAGGGGUGAUCGGAGCCCGGAAACCGCAGUAUGACAUCUGGGGGAACACUGUGAAUGUGGCCAGUCGAAUGGAGAGUACUGGAGAGCUGGGCAAGAUCCAGGUGACCGAGGAGACGUCCAACAUCCUGAAGAAGCUGGGCUACUCCUGCGAGUGCCGAGGGCUGAUCAAGGUCAAGGGGAAAGGGGAGCUGACGACAUUCUUCGUCUGCACGGACAUGAGCAAGUCCCUGGGGCUGGCGCUGAGCUGAGGGCCAACCGCGACGCCGCUUUUCUUUUAACUGUUACUCCUGCGCCCGUCUUGUUUUUCACACGGACCUCUUAGUGCUACGGUGACGAGCAACAGCGCGAUAAGACGUUUUGGGGCUGGAGAUGGGGGGGGGCGACGAGGGAGGCUCUGCACCACCUGGCAGCGAGGGGUCAAGACAUCAGCCUGAGCCGCUGGCCUUUAAGAAAAGAAUACCGUCCUUCCGCGUGGAAUAUUCCACACGCUGCUGUUCAGCGGGAUCCUAGCAGUAACAGCAGUUCCAGUAUUUGCCUGCAUUAGGAUGCUUUAGCUAAGCUGUUGGACCCCCUUUUCUGUAAAUAGUCUCCAUGUACAUAGAAAGUCCUUAGCAGCCGAUUUGCACUUGAAGAGUAAGAGACCUUCUUGGGUGGAGGUUUUAAUUUAAGUUCACAGGUCAACAGUUGCAAGUAUGUUACUUUUCCUUGUCCUUCUUGAGGCAUGUUGGUUAGCGUUGAGAAAAGACUUGACUUGAGCCAAAUAUUCUCAAACAGCCACUGCUGAUACCCUGUUGUCUUAUUAACAGCUAAUGCUCCAUUUUAGGUGUCGCAACAAAAUGCUUCAUUAUGUGUAACAAAGGUUUUUAAUUUUAGACAGCUAGGAAGUUCUGACCAAUACUGCAGUUUUGGUUCCUGACCCAAAACAAAGUAACCUCUAGUGCGUCCAAAACUGCCAUACAAUCAAUCUGGAAAGCAAAAGCUUGCAAAAAUCUCAAGAUAUUUUCUUGCUUACAGAAUGUGAAUGGGCACUGUGAAAUACACGGUUUCCUAGUUUUGAUCUUACAAAUUAAUAAAACUGCCAUUCUGUGUCCUUAAACUGGACAGGAGCGCCACUGUGGCUGCAUUCGCUGUUCUGUGCAGCUGCAUCUUACAGGUCAUUAUGAACAUGUGCCAUUCUCUACUGCUGUGGUACACUGCCUACUGCACAGAAGCUAUUUCUGAACACUUUCUUCUGCGCCUUUGUCAAGCAACAAAGUGAUUUAAAAAAAAAUGUUUAUACUGAAAAGGAUGGACGAUGGCGAUUUUACACACUGCUGCAAGACUGAGCUGUACUGCCCCUGGGAAGUCUGAUUUUUCUGUGUGCCUCUGAAAUGUAAUGAAAUAUGAAGCACUGCUGCUGUUACUGCCGUGAGAUACCCCAAUGAGGAAGACUCUCCCCCUCCUGUGAUCAUUUCUGUUAUUGCUGCUUCAGCUCAGGCAAUGAGGAACAAAUGCAGGUGUGGAAUUUGGCAUUUUUUCCAUGGGUGGAAUAAAGGAUUUUCACAACACUU